ACGAUGGGCAGCGAGGAGAUCGAACUGACGCCGGCGGCUACACCGCUACUAAACUUUGUUCCAUCGACGUUGCGCUUCCGAAAUGUCGUCUACCGAGCGAACGACAAGGACAUCCUAUCGAACAUUUCGGGUCGCUUCCAGCACGGCCGUAUGGUGGCCUUAAUGGGACCGUCCGGGGCCGGCAAGUCAUCGCUUCUGAACGUCCUGUCCGGGGCCCAGAUGUUCGGUACGCUCGGGACAGUGACCAUCAACGGUGAGCCGGUGGAGGAGAACGAUCCACGCAGUGUGUACGUAGAACAGGAGUGUCCGCUGUUGCGGUUUCUGACCGUGCAGGAGACGAUGCAGUUCGCGGUCAACAUGAAGAUGCCCAGGCGUUCGGCGGUCUCGGUGAAGGUGGCGAAAAUCAACGAGAUCCUACAGAUGGUGGGUCUGCACGGGUCACGGGCGACGCUGGUGAGGGAUCUGUCCGGUGGCGAGCAGCGCCGGCUGGCCGUGGCGGUGGAGUUGAUCAUGAACCCGCCGAUCAUGCUGCUGGACGAACCGACCAGCGGUCUGGACAGUGUGUCGUCCACGCAAGUCAUAUCCCACCUGAAGUCGCUCGCCAUGAGCGGGAGGACGAUCGUCUGUACCAUCCAUCAACCGGCCUCGAGCUUGUUCCAGUUGUUCGAUGACGUUUACUUGCUGCGCCAGGGUCGGUGUCUGUACGCGGGUCCCGUCGACAACAUGCUAACACGGUUCGCUCGGGUCGGCCUCACGUGCCCGGAUUAUUACAAUCCGGCCGAUUUCGCCCUCGAAGCGAUCAGCACUGAUCACGGCGAAGCCCACCAAACCCUCGGCCGGUUGGUGGACGAUGAGAUGCGGGAAAUUAACGCGGCGGCCCCUUCGAGCCCCACCACUCUCGCCGCCCAGCGAUCACCGGGCAACGGGCAGGCGGACCGCUACCAGACCGGCUUCUGCUACCAGCUCUACACGCUCAUUAAACGCUCCGUGCUCGCGUCGCUCCGGGAUGAGUUUUUCCUCAAAAUGCGCCUCGGACUCCACCUGGCACUGGGGCUGGUGUUUGGGGUGGUGCACUACGACGUCGGUGCGGACGCCAUGAAAGUGUUCGCCAACAUCGGCUGCUUCUUCCAGCUGUUUGCUUUCGUGUACUUCUCCAACGCGGUGGCCGUGGUGAACUAUGCCGACGAGGUGCAAGUCGCCGUCAAGGAGAUCGCCAACAACUGGUACUCGCGUGAGGCGUACUACCUCGCCAAGCUACUGCACGAUCUGCCGUUGCAACUGUUUUGCCCCGCCGUGUUGCUCCUGAUUGUGUACUAUCUCACCGGGCAACCGUUCGAGUGGUCCCGGAUCGGGAUGUUGCUCGGGGUGUUUGCGGUCGGCGGCGUGAUCGGCCAGAGUCUCGGUCUGAUCGGUGGCAUCUGUUUCGAUGCGAAGAUGCAAAACUUCUUCGUCGCGAAUGCGUGCAUCAUUCCGCUGCUAUUUUCCGGGUUCUUCGUCAAUGCCAAAGAGCUGAUCGCCGUUCUGAAACCCCUCAGCACGCUGUCGUUCUUUCGCUACCAGUUCCACGGUGCGCUGCAGGCUCUGUACGGUUACGAUCGGGGUAACAUGCGCUGUCCGGGGGUUUACUGCCACUUCAAGAAACCUGCGGCCAUACUGGAACACUUCGGUAUCGAUCCGUACGGUUACGGCGAAAGUAUCGUCAAAGCGCUCCUAAUUCUGCUCGUGAUGCAGCUCAUCAUCUACGUCGGGUUCGUGGUCAAACUGAGACGAAUAAAGUGA